AAACGAGAUAUAUCUGGUUAAGGUUUCACAAACUCACUUAAAUUUAUUUUGCGUGAUAACUGUUUACGACAUAUGUCGAAAAGGGGAUGGAUCCUACGGACAGACCUUUCUGGGUGGUAACAUUCGUGUUGAUCAAGAAACUACUUGACCAGAGAGGAUUCAAUCUACGAUGAGGAAUAAUAACGAAUGUGCUAACAUCAAUUUCAACGAAUGCAGACGUGGAUCAAGAGUUUCACUUCAAACGCUAUUUGAUAGGUCAGCAUGUAUACAUGCACAGUUUUAUGACAUCAUCAGAGAGGAAAAGGGACCCGGAUCUUCUUACGUUUGACAGCUUUCAUCAGGUAUCAUUACAUAAUUCCAACAAAUAUACAGUUUAAAGUCAAGAACUAAAAGAUGUCGGCUACAAGUGCAUACUUGGAAAGUUUGAUAGAGGAAUGUGGCGGAUUUUCAAGAUUUCAAUGGAUUAUGUUUUCCUUCAUGAUGUACAGUAAAGUUGCAGCAACUUGGACUAUGAUGAUGAUGACUUUUGCUGGAGCAAUUCCUGACUGGCAGUGUCGAUUAACAAACUAUUCAAACCCUGGGACAAUCCCAUCCAUAACUACGAAUGAUAUAGAUUAUAUAGAUGGACAGUGUUAUCCUCCACAAAAUGUUACCGUUCAGACUUGCCAGGAGUAUAUAUUUUCCGAUAGUAUGAAUACUGUUGUGAGUGAGUGGACAUUGAUAUGCGACAAAGACUGGAUAGCCUCUACUAUCACGACAAUUCAGAUGGUCGGAUUACUGGUCAGUUGUGUAGCCUCUGGUCACCUUGCAGACCUUAUUGGUCGGAAACCGACUUACUUUCUGUCUUUAAUUGCAUUGACAGUACUUAACACUAUUUCUGGCUUUUCAACAACAUGGAAAAUGUUUGCAGUCCUUCGUUUUCUGCUCGGCUUUGGCGUUGGUGCGCACCUUACCGUUUUCUAUGGCUACCUGAUUGAGUUCAUCCCUGCAAGAAGAAGAUCAGCUGCGAUAGCAUAUCCAGGAUGGGCAAUCUGGGCAUGUGUGCUGGGGUUAGUGGCUAUGUGGCUUCAUGACUGGAGAUACCUUCACUUCGCUACGGCUAUACUGACCCUACCAUGUGUUUUCAUGUGGUGGUUUCUACCAGAGAGUUUCCGCUACCUCGUCACCCAUAACCGACUAGAUGAAGCAAAGGAAGUCGUCUGCAAAAUAGCGCGAAUCAAUGGUAAACCGGAACCGGAUAUGAGUAAGAUGAGUUACCUUGUGAAAGUAGACUUAAAAGUCGACGCUGAGCGGAGAUACACGAUCUGGGACGUAGCCAAGUCCCCGCAGCUACGGAAGUAUACGUGUUUGCUAGGCAUCGCAUGGAUAGCUUGUGGGUAUGGCUACUAUGCCAUUUCUUUUGGUGUUCAGAGUCUUUCUGGGAGCCUUUAUCUCAAUAUGUUUCUGCUGAGCGUAGUAGAAAUCCCGGCACAGGCCUCUUCAUAUUAUCUCACUAAUCGAUAUGGUAGAAAAUGGGUGACACUGGCUUUGCUGUUGAUUGCAGGCAUAACUGGUUUUGUUGUUGCAGCUAUUCAAAUAUCUGAUUAUGAAAUGAAGAACUCUCUGAUCAAUGGAUUCGCCCUGGCUUCCAAAAUGGGUGUUGGCGUUGGUUGGGGGACGCUUAUUAUUCUGACGUCGGAGUCGUACCCUACUGUGGUCAGGAACAUUGGGUAUGGAAUGCAGAGCUCAUUUGCAAGAAUUGGAGCAAUAGCAGCACCACAAUUAGUAUAUGUGAGCAGCCAUUUGCCAGGAGUUAUGUACUUUAUUUUUGGUGGAGUGAUGUUCCUGUCAGCAUUUGGUCUGUUUUUUAUGCAAGAAACAAACAAAAAACCUAUCGAAGAUGGCAUAGCAACGAAUGAGAAAGGACAAAAGGAGACGCAGAAUUUUGAAAGCCAUACAAACGAAGCAUUUGACACCAGAUUAUAAUUUUCGUUGAACAUGUAUCUAGUUGUGUUCAAGUUAUAUCGUAUAAGUAGACAUAACUAGUCUGAUAUGCGUUGUAGGCUUUCAUUAAUUAAUCAGACACUUACAUUAUAGAUGUACAUUAGAAUUUAUUUCUGUCAAUAUGUGAAUCACUUACGGAUCACUGUACCACAGCCAAAACUGUAACUAUGAGAUGAAACUUUUUCUGGCAUGACUGUAUCUUGAUUAAUCCUUCAUGAAAAGAAUAUCAUGACCAAUAUUUUUUGUCUCAUUGCCACGAAAAAGCGGAGGGCGAGACUAAGGUGUUGCUUUUCCAGCGACGGCGGCGGCAUCAACAUUAAGUUUUUGCGUUAACCUUAGUUUCACUGAAAGAAUGAGUGCUACACCAACCCAACUUGGACCAUAGAUGCAUCUUAUAUAUCAAGCCAUGCAUAAAAUGCUAUAUGCGGCCUACCUUUCAUGGUCCAUUAAAUUUGUCAGCAUCUCCAUCAACAUUAAUAUUUUGCGUUUAAGUUAGUUUCUCUGAAACUAUAAGUGCUAGACAAACUACACUUGACAUGUGCAAUGAUGGUCAAAGCGGGGCACAGGCGACACAUAUCAAUCCGAAUGGCUUGUUUUUAUGAACAAAUAAAAAAGAUGAAGGGUUUGGAAGUCUGGUUUUCUGAACAUUACAAUGCCGCUCCAUUAUUCAACUGAGCUAUUAAGUCAACGAAAAAAAUCUGUCCCAGUCGCGUUACGGUUAAAUCCAUAACCAAAUUAAGGGGAGGCUUAUGUAUGUGUAUUGCAUGUGUUGAAUUAUCUAGUGUUGUGCCUGUUUUGGACAAGGUUAUACGUUUAAGGUAUAUAUGUGAUUGUGUAAUUUGUUAAUAAUGAAUUAGACGAUUCUAUAAAUGUCCCGAGUAUUCCUAUUUAUGUUAACAUGUGAUUGAUUAAAUGGUGGAUUUUUGAACAGGGCAUUUGUUGGAUUUUUCUUAGCGCAAACUAAUUUACAUACGGUAUUACACUUGUAUGUAGACGAAUAUGACACCAGCAAUACUAAAUACUAACGGUUUUCUUUAUUUUACCGACUAUAUGUAAAGAUUAUUGUCAACGUAUGAACUGAAAAUAGUUCAUAAAAAUCUAAUGCACUGAUGGUUGUGUAAGAAGAACUUGUUCUUGUACAUUCCUCUCCUGUUUAUAGUUGAAAAUUUUAAAACUCCACAUCACUUUAUAAAGUUAUAUUGUUUUAGAAACCUUAACAAUAAUUCUCUCGAUGAGUUUCAAAAUACAAUGAUACCGGUAUGUCAUCAACAACCCGCAUGCACAAGAUUUAUAUAUGUUUACAAUCCUUCUCACAUUUGAGGUAUUUCUCAACUCUAUACAUCUAUAAUAUGAUACGUGUAUGCUAAUGAAGAUGACGUAAUGAAUGUGUCUUUGUUCAACUUGUGAAAAAAGGGAAUGUGUGUUAAUAUUGAAAAGUGGUAUCUGCACAGAUUACAUUUACGAAAAAGUUUAAUACGCAAACGAGUUCCCUGUGAAUUACAGGGAAUAUCGAGGUCUCGUGAAAAUGAUUAAGAUGUGACGUUUAAAAUAAAUCGUCCUCAAAUGUUUUUCAGUUGUGUAUAUUUUAACUCCACAGUCACGACCUCAGAUAUGUUAAUGAUGGAUUGUCCAAACUGUUGACCUCGUUUUAAAUGAAGGUAAUUUAAUGUUAAUUUUUGUAGGUGUAAAAUAUGUACUGUGAGGUUCACAAUAUCAGCAGCCAAGCGUGAUAAAGAAGUUCUGCGUAAGACAAAAAGCAAGGCAUUUUUGUCAUCACAAAAGAACAAGACACAAAUUGAACUUGUUCUGAUUUAUAGUGUUUGUUCAAUGGCUCAUCGACAAAAAACAGAAAUUAAUGUCAAGGAUGAUCUUGCUUCAUUGGACGACAACCUGACUAAACAAAGAUACAAUUUGACAAGAAGGACUCGUAUUUUUAUACUGGUACCAAGGUGUAUAAAAUUGAAAGAAACUAGCAAAGGGAUUAAAAAACUAGCUAAAAUAUAAUGCAUAGCCGAAACGGAUAGUUGUAAUGCAUUGUUAACUCUAAAAUGAGUCAUGUCGGCUUAAGCAUCAAAGUCAUUAAAACAGACCGAUGCCUUUAACAAUGCCACCAAGUCUACGAACAUAGAAAUGGGGGUUUCAUAUCUGGGACAUGGACAUUGAUAUCAUGAAUGUAUCUUAAAUACAAACAUACUAUCAAAAAUGUUCCACAUGCCUGAAAAUAGGAGUAAACAAGUGUAACAUACGAGUAUAACUCGACCUAUGCUGACAUUAUGAUAUUAUUCAAUUCACGCUACGCUUUGUUUAGAAACGUGACUAGCAUAUAUAUUUACGCUAAAUCAUGCAAAUA